AUGUAUUCUGUGUUUAUUGUGAAAAACAUUCGCGAAUUAACAUGUUCGUUAGCCCUUAUUUGUACUCUAACCUUGUCAAUGGCAGAAGACCAGGAUAUUAUGGAGGACUUUUUAAAACGGGAAUAUUCUCUGGUAACUCCUUACCGUGGGUUGGGCUUGUCAAGCUCUUCACUGUGGGAUCUGAAGGGUACAGCUUUAGUGACAGCUGAUCAUGUGAGGCUUACACCGGACCACCCAGGUAGACAGGGCGCUAUUUGGAGUCGUAUUCCUUUGCUUUUACUUGACUGGGAGCUUAAGGUGCACUUCAAAAUCCAUGGGCAGUCGAAGAAAAUGAAUGGAGACGGUCUUGCCAUCUGGUUAACCAAAGAGCGCAUGCAGGAAGGGCCUGUUUUUGGCAGCAGAAAUGAGUUCACUGGCCUUGGAGUAUUUGUGGAUACUUAUCCCAAUACUGGAAACAAGAAUGAUAGGGUUUUCCCCCAUGUGUCAGUGAUGUUGGGUAAUGGGACUCUGUCUUAUGACCAUGAUAAUGAUGGACGGCCCACUGAACUUGGAGGCUGCUCAACUAAAGUCCGAAAUGCAAGAGAAGACACAUUUCUGCUAAUCAAAUACACCCAAAACAGACUGAAGGUAAUAAUAGAUGUCAAUGGUCAACAGAAAAACUGUCUCGACAUCUCAGGUCUACAUUUGCCUAAAGGCUAUUACCUUGGAGCCUCGGCUGCCACCGGAGAACUCUCAGAUAACCAUGACAUCAUCUCAAUGAAGUUGUAUGAGCUGACAGUAAAGCGAGACCCAGAGGAAGACCUGCUCAUCCCGUGGGUUGACCACAGCUUGGGCCCAUUUCAAGGAUAUCAUCAAUGCUGGGUUUUCGGAGAAUCUAUUGCACCUACUGCUAACUUGAUUGACAUGCAGCGACAAAAAAUAUACUGAAAACGUGGAUUGAUCUGGUUCGUCACGUUGGACUGGUAUUUUGAAUACUACUGCUAUUUUGAACACUAAGCACAUGCGAGUGAUUUUAGCCGAGCUCAAAUUAAAUGUAAUUUGUCCUUAGUAUUUGGAAAUUUUUGUUUUUGUUUUUUUUUUACAUUGUCACACUACUCUUCCACUCAGUUUUCUUUGGAACCUUUUUAUAUUGUCUUAAACUUAGUGUAACACCAGCUGUGUAUUAUUGCCAUUAUGUAUUUUACAUUUAAGGUACAGUAUGUACAGGGGUUCCACAGUUUGACAGUUACGUUCUUACAGUGGAAUCGUAACCCGAAUUUGUACGUACAAUGGCAUGUGCCAUAGUCUAUCAUUUUACCUAUGCUAAUGCAAUAGUAAAGUCAUAAAGUAAGAAGUCUGAAUAAAAACAAUUUCAGACCAUUAGAAUGAAAACAAUCGUAACCUGAAAACAUAUGCCUGUUGAAAAUGGGGGACCCCCUCUAAUCUAUUUGGUUUCUGUGAAUGCUUGUUACUGUUUUGGCUGGCAGAAAUGAGCUACUGCUGCAUUGGGAAAUGUUUCCCUCCUCCACUUGCUGUACACAUCAGAAUUAUAUUCCUCAUAAGCCAAUCAUCACAGACAUUGUGGCCCAACAAGGAUCUUCUUCUUUUCCUUUCGGCUUUUCCAGUUAGGGGUUCCCACAGCGUGUCAUAGACAAAAAAAAAAAAUGUCCACCUUGUUUAUAGACCCUUCUUGUCAAUGCUUUUUGUCUACCAGUCAUCCUUGAAUUUGAAUGUAAAAGCAAACAUGUAUUGUAGCAUACACGGACAAUUCCAUGAAACGUAUACUUGAAGUUCCUUGCAAAAACUGCAUCCUCAUUCUGCACUGUCCAUUUUCUAUACAUUAUAUUCUAUUUAGGAUGAAACCUUGGAAUCCUAAUAUCCUAAAUGACCAAGGAUGAGCCCCCUGGCUUUAAACUUUCAGGGAUUCGUUUGUUUUUUAUUUUUUUGUAAUCUUUCAAACUGAUUGGUAAUGAUUAUGUGAGAACUUUCCAUUGAUUUUUGAUGUAGUUGGGAUCAAUUAUUUUGUGUGGGAACCAUUUUUUUUUUUUUAAAUGUUGACUACAUGUUUUUUUUUUUUUCCAGUUUAACCUGGUACUGCUUCUGUAAGUACUACAGGCCAGUCUUGUUUAAUCUUUAAGACUUUUCACAAUGUUUACUUGGCCAUUACAAGAACUAAUUAAUAUCUAUGAUUCAAAUAUUAGUAACUAAUGCUGAUGAUCAGACUUAUAGGAGUGUUUCACAAAUAAUUUUUUUAUAGACGGUGAAUCCAGACAAAAGAGCGCACCUGAUUAUAAGCCUCACCCAGUACAUUUUUAAAGGAAAAACUAUUUUGUACAUACAUAAGCCACACCUGUGUAAAAGCCACAUGUGUCCACAUAGAAACAUGAGAUAUUUACAAAGAAAGACGGUACACAGAGAGUUUUCAAAGUUUGAAAAGCAUACCUUGCUUUUCUUUCCAAACAGUGCCUGUGACGCAGCAGCAACACGCUAGCACAGCGCUAACAGAGCUGGUGGGAAAAAAAAAAAAACAUACCGGUAAAUGUCACUGGCACGAUGGUCCUCCUUUGAAAUCCUGAAUUUUUCUUUCUGGUGGUGAUUGUUUUUGCUUUCAGUCUGAUCUGCACAGAGGAAACACUUCAGCCAUCUGCUCUCUGUGUGUUCACCAAGUCUUCAAGAAUAUUUUCUAGUUCGGGCCACCUGCUUUUAUUAUCUCUGAAAGGUUUUUUCAUCUUUUUACAUUGCUCCAGUUUUUCCUGCCGCUGCCGUUUCCAGCGUCUCACCAUUUAUUCAUUCAUGCCAAUUUCACAAGCAGCAGCUCUGUUUCCUUCUUUAUCGGCCAACUCGAUUGCUUUUAACUUGAAAGCUGCGUCAUAUGGAUUUCUUCUUGCAUUUGCCAUGAUGAGGGUCUGUUUAUGCAAAUUUUAUUCAUACACAAAGCAAAAACAUUAACUUGCGUCUUCCUCUGCACAUAUAUUCCACUUGUCUCACGCUUACCUUUUCUGCUCAAUCACCCCCUUGAAGCUGUUGGGGGAAAAAAAAUCAUGUUAGCCACAUCACCGCAUAAACCACAGGGUUGAAAGCGUGUGACAAAAGUCGUGGUUUAUAGUCCGGACAUUAUGGUAGACUGUGUCUCUAGCUUCAAUCAGUAAGACAUUUAAGGAACUGUUUCUAUAUUAUACAGCCCUAAUUGUUGACAUACAAUGUUGUAAAGGUCUUUUUUUUUUUUUUAAACCAACUCUUGUAUUCUAAUGCAGAUUAAUCUCUUCGUGGCAUUGGUAUACCCGACUUAAUCCACACAUUGCAGUUGGCAUCCUUAUAACUAUUGUAAUACUUAAUUGACUUGUCGAUUCAUCUAAAAGGAUACAAAUUUGAUAAUUCCACCACAACGUUUGUAUGUUUAUAUUGAUUUAAUUAGGGAGAACAAGCAAAUAACUUGAUUUACCUUUGUUUUUUUUUUUUUGUACUGUUAA